CACUUUCGUUUAUGGAAUUCGUCGUCAUCGUUAUUUAUAAAUAAUUGCACAACUUAUUACCCUAUAUUAAUUAAUUAUUACCCUAUAUUAAUUAAUCUGUAUGAACACGACGGCACCUCACCAAGUUUCCAUUCACCAAAUUCCACUUCUCAGCGAAUCUAAUGCAAAUGGCAUACUUGAAGUACAUCAUGAGUUUUUAUAAAGUUUUAAAGACUAAAAGAAGAUGUCACACAGAAUAAAUAUCACGUUGCGUAUAUAAAUCUACGGUAGAAUUCUAAAAUAUUUCCUCUGGAUGUCAUUGGGAAAAUUUCUCUCCCUUACUGUCUGAAACAUAUACAAGACAAUUUUGUAUAUGUGGUUAUUUACAAGUUUGAAGAUCUUUGGAUAUUGAGAAGAAAUUAUAGUUGAUGGAAAUAUUGCAGUGGAUAUAUUUGUUAAAAAUAUUGGGAAAACAUAUCUGUAUAUUGUGAUGAGAGAAUAAAAAUUAUGGAAAAUAAAUUAUGUGAAAUCCAGUGUAAAACAGUUGAUUUUCCUGAUGGAAUACUGAAAGAAAUUGGAAAAACAUACCCCUGUGAUAUAUGCAAGAAGUCAUUCACUCAAAAAGGUCACCUAACUACUCAUAAACGUAUUCAUACUGGAGAGAAGCCAUAUCAUUGUGAUAUCUGUGGUAAAUCAUUCUCUCGAAAUGGUGAUGUAACUAUACACAAACGUAUUCAUACAGGAGAAAAACCAUAUCACUGUGAUAUUUGUGAUAAAUCGUUUUCUCAAAGUGGUAAAUUGACUAUACACAAACAGAUUCAUACAGGAGAGAAACCUUAUCACUGUGAUAUUUGUGGUAAAUCAUUUGCUCAAAGAAAUGGCUUGACUGGCCACAAACAAAUUCAUUCAGGAGAGAAGCCAUAUUGCUGCGAUAUUUGUGGUAAAUCGUUCUCUCGGAAUGAUCACUUAACUGUACACAAACUCAUUCAUACAGGAGAGAAACCUUUCCACUGUGAUAUUUGUGGUAAAUCAUUCUCUCGAAAUGAGCACUUAACAGAUCACAAAUACACUCAUACAGGAGAGAAACCAUAUCACUGUGAUAUUUGUGGAAAAUCAUUCUAUCGAAAUUAUCAUUUAACUAAACACAAGCACAUUCAUACUGGAGAGAAGUCCUGUCGCUGUGAAAUCUGUGGUAAAGCAUUCUUUCGAAAUGGUGACUUAACUACUCAUAUACGCAUUCAUACAGGUGAGAAGCCAUAUUCUUGUGAUAUCUGUGGUAAGUCAUUCUCUGGAAAUGGUGACUUAACUAAACACCAACGCAUUCAUACAGGAGAGAAGCCAUAUCACUGUGAUAUCUGUGGCAAAUCUUUCUCAGCAACAAGUAACCUAAAUGUACAUAGACAUAUUCAUACAGGAGAGAAACCUUAUCAUUGUGAUAUCUGUGGUAAAUCAUUUUCUGCAGCGAGUAACUUAACUACACAUAAGUACAUUCAUACAGGAGAGAAACCACAUCAGUGUGAUAUCUGUGAUAAAUCAUUCUCUGCAACAAGUAACUUAACUAUGCAUAGACGUAUUCAUACAGGAGGGAAACCAUACCGCUGUGAUAUGUGUGAUAUAUCCUUCUCUCAUGGAAGUACUCUAACCAUACAUCACAGCUAUAUUCAUAAAAGAAAGAAGCCAUAUUUCUGUGAGAUCUGUGGUAAAUCAUUCUUUGCUAGAAGUAAAUUAACUAUACACAGACAUAUUCAUACAGGAGAGAAGCCAUACCAGUGUGAUAUCUGUGGUAUAUCAUUUUCUCAAAGAAGUCACCUAACUACACAUAAACAUAUUCAUACAGGAGACAAACCAUAUCAUUGUGAUAUCUGUGGCAAAUCAUUUUCUCAAACAAGUCAUUUAAUUAUUCACAAACGUAUUCAUACAGGAGAGAAGCCAUAUCACUGUGAUAUCUGUGGUAAUUCGUUCUCUCAAAAUAGUGACGUAACUAAACACAAACGCAUCCAUAUAGGAGAGAAACCAUAUCACUGUGAUAUUUGUGGUAUACCAUUUUCUCACAAUAGGUACUUAACUAAACACAAACACCUUCAUUUAACUGAGAAAUCAUUCCCUGUAAAUAGUAAGUUGACUGAUCACAAACACAUUCGUAGAGGAGAAAGGCAAUAUCACUGUGACAUCUGUGGGAAACCAUUCUCUGUAACAAGUCACUUAAUUACUCACAAACGUAUUCACACAGGAGAGAAGCCAUAUCAAUGUAAUAUCUGUGGUAGAUCAUUCUCUCAUGCUGGUAACUUAAAAAGACACAAGUAUACUCAUACAGCAUAAAAGGCAUAUGACUGUGAUAAAUCAUUCUUCCAAAACAAUUACCUACCUACAUAUGAAUAUCUUAAUACAGAAUACUGUUGUCAUCGUUGUUUUAACAUUCACAUUUCCUUGCUUGCAUGGGUCAGACAGAUAAUUGAGGCAAAUUUUCUGUGGCCUACUCUUUCUCUCGCUCACACACACACAAUGGACUUCUUUUAGUUUUUGUCUACCAAAUCAAUUCCCAAGGCUUUGAUCAGCCUGGAGUUAAAGUGGAAGACACUUGCCCAAGGUGUUACAUCGUGGGAUGGAACCCAACCAGUUGGCUAUGAAACAAUCUUUUUAAUUACACACCACACUUGCUGUCUAAAUUCAUUCUAUGUAAAGCAAUAACCAUAGAACAUAUUCACACAGGAAAGAAGUUGUGUGAUAACAACCUCAAUUUUAUAUUUUAUAUAACCUCUACACCUAUAACUUACCACUGUGAUAUGCUUAAAAGAGGCAUUCUUUUCAAUCUUUUCAAAUAGUAAUAUUCUAAGAGAGAAAAUAUAAAAUUAAUUUAUUAGACAUUGUCUGUGAAUAGCUGUGAAUUGUGUUCUCAUAUAUCCAACCUGAAAGUUACUGUUACAAAUAUGAAGUGCAUUCAAAAGGUAUCUGACUUUAUUUUUUCCUGGGCAAAAGCCUUUUGGUGGCAAGUGAUACCACUCUUCCUGCUCAUGUAUGAACAUUUUUUUCAUGCUGGUAGGCCACAUCAGUUCCUGGCAGUUACGCCUAGAUUACACACGUGUAGUGUGCACUCAUCAGAUUUUGCCAAACGCUUGGUGAUACUCAAGCUCAAACCAUGGGCUAAACUCAGAUCAAGGAGUGAUACAGCUGCUUCAGACAGCAAGGCACGCUCAGGUAGACUAUCCACUAACCAAAAUGAGGAGCCAAUUGAGAAGGUUCAGCAAAAAGUCAUGGAUGACUGUUGUAACAAUCCAAAAAAUCUCUCUCAAAGUGGGAAUAAGCACAAGAUCAGUGCUUUUUAUUUUAAUGGAGGAUUUGUGCAUGCAAAGUGUGAGUGGGAAAAUAAAGUCAGACACUUUUUGAACACACCUUGUAAUCCAGCCUUUCCUGGUCAAGAACAACACACCACUUGUCCAACAAGCACCCUACUCUCCCGACUUAGCACCAUGAGACUUCUAAUCUUCUCGAAACUGAAAACCAUACUGAAAGGAAAGUGAUUAGAGCCACAAGAGAAAAUUAUGAGGAAAGUGAUAGCAAAGCUCUGCAGCAUUCCAGAGGUGUUACCAGCAGGAGCAGAACUGCUACGAGAAAUAUGUGAACUCCCAAGGGAAGUGUUUUGAAGGUGAUUACAUAAAAUUUGUAAAACAUACAUUUUUUUUUACACCCAGUGGUCAGAUACUUUUUCAAUACACCUCAUACAUAAACAAUAAAGAAAUAUUUCAUUAUAUCCCUGACCAUCCUGACUCUGGCCCCUUCUCCCUUUGCCUCAUUCUGUCUCUCAGUUUCGAUUACCACUUGCUUCGCCAGUACUUCCCCAUCCUCCACCAUCCAACCCUAUAUAAACUAGCACACACAUUCGGAUUCCCCUACUCCAUUUUAAUAACUCUGCCGAAACAAGUCCAGGAGAUGCUCAGAUAAGAAAAAAAACACCUUUUUUUUCAACCUUGUUCAUCUACUUCUCUAUUUCUGCGCAGAUCAUAAACCCCUUAUUAGUCCCUUUCAUUAUUCUAUCUGUUUCAUUACCAUGUAAACAUAGUUUCAUUUCCUCGCUUUUGUCUUAAAGCAAACCUAAGUUCCUUCAUUAUUUGUCGCUUAUUCGUUUAUUCAAGUUUCUCACUUGUUUCUCACAGAUUGGCUGACCAAAAAUUCUAAGAUUUUUCAAUUCUAUUUCACUAUUAUCAGCAUUUGCUGUUUCAUUAAAUUUUGUUAUCCAAAAUCCCAACAGAGUAUUUUUCUCCCUCAUGUUCUAUCCCUGACCACCCUAAUUCUGGUCUCCCUCCCCUCUCUGUUUCGAUUACCACUUGCUUCGCCAAUACUUCCCCAUCUUCCACCACCCAACCCUAUAUAAACUAGCACAUACACUCGGACUCCCCUACUCCAUUUUAAUGACUCCACCGAAAGAGUACGAAUCCAGAUGCUCUUGUCUAAUUUUGCUAUUUCGCAGCAGGUUGAAGGCUAUUGUUUGUUUAUGAAUUCUGCCAAAUGCGAGCUUUCUUUUCAGGUACAUGACACUGCUGCCCCCCAUCUCAGGGUCUCACAGGCCCACACCUCCCAUACCCUCAGAGUGAGUUGUUACACUCAACGUGGGCCCACUGAAAGGUAGGUCUGGUGAGAUUGUUGAGAUGCUUCAACACAGACGUGUAGAUUUGUGCUGCAUCCAAGAAGUAAGGUGGAGAGGAGGUUCCGCUAGGUACCUCUCAGACAAAGAAUGCAGAUACAAGACUUUCUGGGCAGGGAACAAUGACGGGGUUGGGGGCAUGGGUAUACUUGUUGCAGAGAAAUGGAUUGAUAAGGUAAUCGAGGUAGUCAGAGUAUGCGAUAAAAUACUUAAGAUUAGAUUAGUGCUACAUCAUGGGUUAGCAACCAUUAUCUCAGCCUAUGCCCCUCAGCCGGGGCUAC